AUGGUAAAUCAGGGAGAAAGAGAGAGAGAGAAAGAAAGAAAGAAAGAAAGAGAGAGAGAGAGAGAAAAAGAAAGAGUGAAAAAUGGUAAAAGAGAGAGAGAGCGAGAGAGAGAAAGAGAGAAAGAA